AUUUAACAAUGGAGGGUGUGCUUCAUAACCCUAUUCACAACACUUUACGCGUUUUCUUCCUGCUAAGCUCGUUACUCGCUUUAACGACUGCGAAAACCCACAACCAUGACUUUGUCGUUCAAGAAACAAAAGUCACGAGGUUAUGCAAAACACUUAACUCGAUCACAGUCAACGGGCAGUUCCCGGGUCCAACCUUGGAAGUGAACAAUGGCGAUACUCUAGUGAUACAUGUUACAAACAAAGCUAGAUAUAAUGUCACAAUUCACUGGCAUGGUGUUAGACAGAUGACGACAGCAUGGGCUGAUGGGCCCGAGUUUAUUACACAAUGUCCAAUUAGACCAGGAGGGAGUUACACAUACCGGUUCACAAUUUCAAGACAAGAAGGAACUUUAUGGUGGCAUGCACAUAGCUCGUGGCUUCGAGCCACUGUUUAUGGUGCUAUUGUUAUUCACCCACGAGAAGGAUAUCCGUACCCGUUCCCUAAGCCGAACCGUGAAUCGGUCAUAAUGCUUGGUGAAUGGUGGGAUGCAAACCCGAUAGAUGUUAUAAGAGAGGCCACAAGGACCGGAUCAGGCCCAAAUGUUUCGGAUGCGUUUACCAUCAAUGGUCAACCCGGUGAUCUCUAUAAGUGCUCUAGCCAAGAUACGGUCAAAGUCCGAGUUGACUCAGGGGAAACAAGCCUAAUCCGGGUGAUCAAUGCAGCGCUAAAUCAACAGCUUUUUUUCACCAUUGCUAGCCACAAACUUACAGUCGUAGGAGCUGAUGGUUCCUAUGUAAAACCCUUCACCACCCCGGUCCUCAUGCUCGGGCCGGGUCAAACCACCGAUAUCCUCAUGCAAGCUGACCAGGCCCCAGCACGUUACUACAUCGCUGCACGCGCUUACGCUAGUGGACAAGGUGUCCCAUUCGACAACACCACAACCACCGCAGUUUUGGAGUACAAAACCGCCACUUCAAAGCCCAUCAUGCCACCUCUCCCAGCAUAUAACGACACCGCCACUGUCACAGCCUUCACGACCCGCUUCAAAAGCCUCCAAAUAGCACCUGUUCCGACUGUACUCGAUCACAGCCUAUUCAUCACAAUGGGCCUUGGAAUCCACCAGUGCCCGCCGGAAACCCCGGCCCAAAACUGCCAAGCCCCCAACCGGAGCCGUUUCGCAGCCAGCAUGAACAACGUGUCUUUUGUAUUCCCAUCCAAUUCCUCCAUACUUGAAGCACAUUACCAUGGUAUACCCGGGGUUUUCACAACCGACUUUCCAGCGAAACCAGCUGUGACCUUUGAUUAUACCGGUAACGUGAGCCGGUCUUUGUGGCAGCCUAUCUUUGGGACAAAGGUCUAUAAGUUGAAAUAUGGAUCAAGGGUUCAGAUUGUGUUGCAAGGAACAAGCAUUUUUACACCGGAGAACCACCCAAUCCAUCUUCAUGGAUAUGAUUUCUAUAUACUUGCAGAAGGAUUUGGAAACUUUAACCCUAAAACAGACACUGCUAAGUUCAAUCUGGUGGACCCGCCUCUUAGGAAUACAGUUAGCUUACCUAUCAAAGGAUGGGCAGUCAUUAGAUUUGUUGCUGACAAUCCAGGUACCUGGAUUAUGCACUGCCACUUAGAUGUCCACCUUGGAUGGGGUUUGGCUACAGUGUUUGUUGUGGAGGAUGGGCCUGCGCCAUGGCAGAAAUUGGAGAAGCCACCACCAGAUUUACCUGUAUGCUGAUAUCAUUCAUCAUCCAUAUGAAAAAUCACAAUAGCUACCAUUUGUUGUCUAAUAUGUGUUAAAUGUCUUCCCACAUUGGGGCUAUUACAAUUCUAGUGUGUGUUUUUUUUUUGGUUUGGUUUGGUUUAUUUUCUUGUAAACUUAUCUCUUUUUCUGGCAUUUGUUGUUAAUGUCAGAGUGUACAUAGGUGAACAGGUGUUUU